AUGUAUAAUGUCGUGCACAUAGAUGAAAAAUGGUUCUACAUGAGUAGGGCAACACAGAGGUAUUAUUUAUUCCCUUGGGAAGAGGAGGAACCAUAUAAAUGUGUGCAAAAUAAAAAUUUCAUAGGCAAAGUGAUGUUUAUAGCAGCUGUUGCAAGACCUCACAUUAAUUCAGCUGGUGAAGUGUUGUGGGAUGGAAAAAUAGGAAUUUUUCCGUUUACAGAGACUUAUUAUGCAAUGAGGAGGUCAGAAAACAGACCAGCGGGUACAGCACAAUUACGAGCAAUAACAAGAGUUACACGCGACGUUCUACGAGACAAACUAAUCACUGAAGUCCUACCAGCAAUAAGAUCAAAAUGGCCAGCAAAUGGGGUGAAAGAUAUUUGGAUUCAACAAGAUAACGCCAAGCCGUAUAUUUUAAUAAAUGAUCAUGCAUUCAAUGAAGAAGCCAAGAAAGACGGAUUUAACAUUAGACUAGUUUGUCAACCGGCCUCUAGUCCAGAUAUGAACAUUUUGGACUUGGGAUUUUUUAGCGCUCUGCAAUCAAUUCAAUUCAAGUUUCUUUUGUGUGAAUGA